UCGCUGCAUCCCAACAUUCUGCCUUGUCCUGGGUGAAUGAGGGACCCUUUGACUCACCCUGAAAGGGGGAUCUGGAAGCCUCCAUUUCUUUGCCCUCAAAGAUGGUUUCAAGGGCGUCUCUUCCCCCGUACCAAAGAAUCCUGCAGGCUCCCCGCCCCCAUCCUGUAAGAGUUAGGCCACGGCUGCUUGUCCGUUUAUUUAUUUUCUCUUAUGGUUUUGCAUAAGUAAGAUGCACCAUCUCAGAGACUUUUUUUUUUUUUUUUUUUUUUUUUUUUGCACCUGCUCUGGGCAUGGCUGGGAGAAAUGCUUUCGCCUCAGCCAAUGGGGAGAGGAGGAUGCAGGCAGGGAUGCUAGAACUGUCUAUCAGGCCUGGGCCCGCCCCCUGCACACAAAAGCAGCUUCCUCCACUAUCUGAGGGAAAGACAGAGCCUCAGCCAUCAGAAAGGGAAAAGCCAGAGCCGCGGCAGGCCUGGGCUGCGAUGGCAGGGGAAACAGUGACUAAAGGGGGACAGGGGUGCUGCUACUAACCCACGGCGCCGCCUUCUACAGUUGGGCCGGACAGGUGUGCUGUGGCCACGUCGCCCUGGGUGACCUUCCUCAGAUGUGGACUUGGCCCUGAGCAUCCUUCCACCAGGCCCCUCGCCUGGGUACCAUCGAGAAAUGCCCGCCUUUGUGUCCAAGUGACAGCGCAGAGGCAGCUUCCGCUACCGAGAUCAUCUUCUGGGUCACCCGAGUUUCCAGACCACUUCUCUUUCCAGCUCUCAUGGGAACCACAGAAGCUACACUAAGGAUGGAAAAUGUGGACGUGAGGGAUGAAUGGCAGGAUGAGGAUCUGCCCAGACCGCUCCCAGAAGACACCGGGGUGGAGCGGCUGGGUGGCGCAGUGGAAGACUCCUCCUGUAAGCAUACAGAAUGCACCGACACGCGAGCAAGCUUGGUUUCAGGAUGCAGAUGGUGCCCGGGGUUGCAUGCAGGGUGGAGAGUCGGGGGUUAGGGGCCGUUGUGCACCCAAGACCACAGGGCACCUCCCUCCACCCUGAACUUGAGCGGAGCACAUCGAAAGAGAAAGACGCUGGUGGCUCCAGAGAUCAACAUCUCCCUGGACCAAAGCGAGGGCUCUCUGCUGUCCGACGACUUCCUCGACACACCUGAUGACCUGGACAUCAAUGUGGACGACAUUGAGACGCCAGAUGAAACUGACUCUCUGGAGUUCUUGGGAAAUGGCAAUGAACUUGAGUGGGAAGAUGACACCCCAGUGGCCACCGCCAAAAACAUGCCUGGUGACAGUGCGGACCUGUUUGGGGACGGCUCUGCGGAAGACGGCAGUGCGGCCAACGGUCGUCUGUGGCGAACUGUCAUCAUAGGGGAGCAAGAGCAUCGCAUCGACCUGCAUAUGAUCCGGCCCUACAUGAAGGUGGUCACCCAUGGAGGAUACUACGGGGAAGGUCUCAACGCCAUCAUCGUGUUUGCAGCCUGCUUCCUGCCAGAUAGCAGCUCCCCAGACUAUCACUACAUCAUGGAGAAUCUCUUCCUGUACGUCAUCAGCAGCCUAGAACUGCUCGUGGCUGAGGACUACAUGAUCGUGUAUCUGAACGGCGCCACGCCCCGGAGGAGGAUGCCUGGCAUUGGUUGGCUGAAGAAGUGUUACCACAUGAUUGACAGGAGACUGAGGAAGAAUCUAAAGUCCCUGAUCAUCGUCCACCCCUCCUGGUUCAUUCGCACUGUGUUGGCCAUCUCCCGGCCAUUCAUCAGUGUCAAGUUCAUCAGUAAAAUUCAGUACGUGCACAGCCUGGAAGAGCUGGAGCGACUGAUUCCCAUGGAACACGUGCAGCUGCCAGACUGUGUCCUGCAAUAUGAAGAGCAGAGACUCCGAGCCAAGAGGGAGAGCACACGGCCACCGCAGCCGGAGUUCCUCCUUCCCAGGUCAGAAGAAAAGCCAGAGACUGUGGAAGAAGAGGACAGGGCAGCAGAGGCAACAGAGGACCAGGAAACUAGCAUGUCCUGAUCUACCCAGAACCUAGACAUGGACAGAGAUUAUUCCCAACAUCAUGUAACCCUCAUCCGAAGCCCUGGGAGCCCCGCCUUCAUCGAGCCUCCACCGCCUGAGGAUGCCUGGCUCCACCAUGUCCCCUGCACCCGGGUCCUCUCACUGCUUGAGUCCAUUUCACUGUUUUAUUUUGAAGAAGGCGGUAUGAGCACAUCUCGGAAUGGAGCAGGUUCUUGACCCUUUCACAGUCUGGGCUUGUGGAUGCCAAAGGUGGAUGUGGGCAGUGCCACCCACGGUUACUCUUCCAGGCCUUGGCAUCCCCAAGAUGCCCUUCUCUGUCCCAGCUAGGAUAACACAGAUAUGCAUUUUGGGCUGACCCAAUGAGAGACCCUUUGCUCGGUUGCCACCUGUCCCUAGCUGGAGCCUCAGAUGUCUGGUGGCCCUGGCUGCAGCUGCAUCUGCUUCUCUGUGGAAUGUGACCCACUGUCCCCUCUCCCUGCCACCCCAGGCAGGGUUGUGACUGCUGACCUCACAUCUCCACCUGACAUGCACUAUUCUGCCAUUUGACUGUCUUUGGGGGCCUUCAAGCCCAUUGCACAUGUACUGAUCAGCCUGGUGGUCAACAAACCCAACAUUUUGAGCUCCUUUAAAGUAGAUGUGACUCCAGAUGUUAACUGACACCUCAUUCCAAGGGAAGAAGUUGUAUCCACUUUCCUAUCCUCUGCCCAGACCAGACUCAGCCUCUGUGUCAUCAAGUAGGAGACAUUUGGUGUCUGAGAAGAAAGAUGAAGAUCCAGGGCUGUGGGUGCUAGAGGAUCUGGGGGACCCCCUAGGACAGUAUAUCCUGGUGGGUGGGAUGCUGCGACCACCUGAUCUCCAAGCUGGGCUCAAAGCACAUGUCUGCCCGAGAUGACUACAUAGUCUAAGCUAAUGAGUGUGCUGAGCCUCCUGUCCCCAGGGACACAUAAGGCCAGAUGACAUUUGCAGGGAGGAGUCUCCCUGUGGUUCCCUAAAGACUUGAGUAUCUCUAUGUUAAGAAAUCUUAGCACUGCGCAGUGGUGGCAUAUGCCUUUAAUUUCAGCACUCAGGAAUAGGAGGCAGGGGGAUUUCUGUGAGUUCCAAGAUAGCAAGGGCUACAUAGUGAGACCCUGUCCAGAAAAAAAAAGAGGAAGAGAGAGAGACAGACAGAGAGAGAGAGCUCUGUGCCUCUCCCCCAAAGGUAGGUUCUAUCCACCCCACUGUGAGGUGUCCCCUCUGACAUGUUUCUUGCUUCUCGGCCUCUGAUGGCCGCAGGACAGCAGCUUCCACCUAGAGAGAAUCAGAGUGUCCUGCCAAUAACACCCAUGGAUCUGAGCUCUGCAGGAAACACACCACAACCAGAGCUACUCUGUGGCACCGGGAGGGGACCCGAGAGAGUAGAGCAAAGCAGUGCUUUUUGUUUUGUUUUGAGAGAAGAUCUUGCUAUGAAGACCAGCCUGGCCUCAAACUCCUGAUCCUCCUGCCUCAGCCUCCUGAGAGCUGAGAUGGCAGGUGUGUGACCCCCCAGGCUGGGCUGGUGGUUUGUAAGUUGUCUUUAUCCAGCAUCAGAAGAUGAGAACCAAGAUGGUGCCUGGGGCCAGGUCCACAGACAGCCCCUCUUGGCUUUUUGAAAACAGAAUCCUGGAGGCUUUUUCUGACUAGGCGGCUGCUGGUGACAGCCAAGGCCUAUGAGGUGAGAGGAUCUCUGUGUCUGGGAUGGAUGGAUGGAUGAAUGGACACAACCCUGCUGUCCCCAAAGGUCUAAGGUCCUGCCUCCAAGCCCAGGAACUCCAGUGGGGGCCACCUGCUCCAUCCACCUCCUUGCUGCCAUGGCAUGCUCACCGCCCCUUUGGAAUCACCAGCACCCACUGAUACAGGCAAGCAGAACCCACCAGGGCCACUGAAGACCCCCCAAACAGGAGACCCCGAGGGGCUUAAUAUUCUAGCCCACACCUGGGACCACCACCCCAGGUACCUGGGGGACAGUGAGGCAAGACACAGAGGUCCAGCAGCCUCAUGGGGAAGGGCUGUUCCAUUUCUUUACUGAGACACCCAGGAUCCAUUUGGCAAGUGACCCAGAGCAACAGUGUCCACCGCCCACCAGCAAAUUGUGCAGUUAUAAACACAGAGACGGUGGGGACAGUCCCCAAAGUAACACAAAGUCCGGGGAGGCUGGGGUGGGGAUUUUUAUGUGAAAUAAAUAAAUUAUAAUGCAGAGGGAA